AUGAGGUCGGUAGCGAGAAACCUGCCGGAGUGUGUGUGCGAGAUCUACUACGUCGCCACGCUUGUCGUGAACCCUAAUAUCAAUCCCCUCAAGCCACUUGCCGUCAUUGAUGAUUGCAACAUUGCUCCCAAUCCUUGUAUGCCCGAUUGCAAAGCCCUCAUUCUUGGUAAAAAUUAUUCUGCUCCCGUCGCCGCAUCAUCACCGUCACCGUGGACGUAUCGAGCUUGGGUUUGUGCCCUGCUUUACCUAUCACUAGUCUUCUUCAGCUCGUUCAUCGUUUUAUGA